AUGCAGCGAGCAGCCUGUGACGAUGAGAUGGUGUCUCUUUCGUGUGCAAGAGGUACAUCCAUCAGCAUUCAAGUAGCCCAGUAUGGGAAAGCAGCACCAGGUGGGCAUGGCUGUAUAGCAGAGAGACCUCAAGAUAUGACUGAUGUCAAUGAGAAGUGUCUAUGGCCGAAUGCUAUGCAGUACUCAUUACUACAAACGGUUGUGGAGGCGUGUCAAAAGAAGCCAGCGUGCAAGUUCAGCACAAAGUCCAAGCCAGGGGCGGUAGAUCCCUGUCCACACGCAAGGAAGUUCGUCGAAGUUGCUUAUAAGUGCAGACCUUACGAGUUUCGAAGUAGAACAGGCUGUGAAGAUGACGUCAUCAAGCUGAGUUGCAACCCUUAUUCGCGGGUGGCGAUCUUCGACGCCCAAUACGGAAGGACGGCUUACGAAUCAUUCAAUUGCCCACAAGCACAGGGUGUGGUGGAUGAAAAUUGCGUCGCCCCAUAUGCCGUGGAGACAGUGAUGCAAAUCUGCCAUGGUAAGAGGUCAUGUCAUAUCGUGGCGAACAGCAAAACCUUCGGAUCACCGUGCAGUCCAGCCUCGAAGGCAUAUCUUAAAGUGGUCUAUGCCUGUGUACCAUUAGGUGUACUAACUGAAAGAUAUGAAAGUCCACCAGAAAAGGAUGAAAUUACCAGCAGCAAGGGAGUCGACGAGGAUGAAGAACUCUUCGAUGAGACAGAAGAUACCGGUGUAAGGUGGGAUACGAACCCAGUAUCCCCGAUCGCUGACUCAGCACUACAACCGCCAUCUCAAGAUAUACACGUGUCCUUAGAAAAGGAGAGAGCUUCAGAAAAUACUUCGGAUUCAAUCAAUAGAACAGAUCGUCCACGCAACGAAAACGUGUACUUCUAUAUCGGCAUAGCUGUAACCAUAUUCUUAAUCCUUCUUGUAUCCCUAAUAACUCUCCGAUUUUAUAACAAUCGUAAACGGAAACGAAACGCGAAAAACGGAAACAUGUUCACCACAGAAGCGCCCAACAUUUUCAGUGACGCCACUUCAGACAUAGACAACGACGUGAGCCACAUAUCUGGUAACUUCUACGACCCUGGUCAUCCAGAUGUUUAUAGGGAGAGUACUAAGACUCUUAGGGCAAUGAAGCCGUUAUCUGCUGUUUACCCAACAGCUGGUGCAAGCAUGUAUGGAGUGGAUUAUAUUCCUCAAAUGGAGCCUUUACGAUUUGAGACGGACCCUGAAGUAUUGAUGAGUCCAAAAAGUUUAAGUGGGUAUACGAAUACGCAGUUUCACUAUGGCUGA